AUGUCGCGGUCGCGCGUUCCACGGCUUCCGAACUCCUCCAUGUUGUUUGCACAAGAGAAGAGGCGAUGGGUGGCCGCCGAGAAUGCGAAUGAAAACAACCAGCGAGUGAGCAGCCGCCUGGGCAAGCUGUGGCGUACUCUCGGCGCCGCCGACAAGGAGCCCUACCAGCGCAAGGCGGUCGAAGCUGCCGCCGUCCACCGUAGGAAGUACCUCGACUACAUGUACAAUGCGCGUAAGGCCCGGCGGCGCAAGGAGCAGGAGCGCAGCACCAAGAAAAUUGCAAGCAAGCUCAAGAAUGACAGUUCCGGGAACCAGAAGCAGCAGUCGAGCCCUUCCACGGUCGCGACACAUGGUCGAGGCACCCCGGAGUGCCAGCAGCAGCAACAGGAUCUGCCGCCGUCGCGGCCGCCGCAGAGGAAGAAACGCUGUGCAACCAGUGCUGCCUGGGGUGGCGCUUCGGGCACCGGUCAGAAAACACCGGUCGCUAUAGGCAGGCGACCACUGUCCCGGACCCAGCAUCGGAUCACUCGGCUGCGUGGCCCUACAACGUGCACCGGUUCCAUGGUCCUCUGCCAUCGUCGCUGCGUCGGGCGAACAGAGGCAGCGUGAGGCAAUUUGAAGCAGCUCGCGCAUUCAGCCAGUCCAAACGCCACACGCCCCAUGGAUGAAAAUAACCAGCUAUCGCCCGCACUCCUGGACGAAGAUGAAUACAACGACUCGUCUGUGGAGAGCUCGUCGUUCGAUCACGCAGGAAGAUUCCUGGACAACCUUGGUUCUGCCGAUGACGCUCUCGGCGAAGGUCAGCUAUCUGGCUCCACUGCUGCAUAGAAUCGCCAGCACGCGCCUGCGAAGCAUUCAGCGCCUGCG